AAGCCUGGGCAACAUGGCAAAACCCUGUCACUACAAAAAAAAAAAAAAAAAAAAAAAUUAGCCGGGUGUAGUGGCACUCACCUGUAGUCUCAGCUACUCGAGAUGCUGACGUGGGAGAAUCACUUGAGCUAGAAGGCAGAGGUUGCAAGGAGCUAAGAUUGGGCUAUUACACUCCAGCCUGGGAAAGAAUGAGAUCCCAUCUCAAAAACAAAAAAAAAAACCCUAAGACUAAUAUAUAAAAAUGCAUGCUUACGUUUUUAGGAACUUAGUGAAAAAUGUAGAUGUUAUUCAUGGACGUGUUAACAUUGGUUUUGUGGAGGACAGCACAGAAGGGAGCUCUGGGAAGGAGGAGAACCCGCCCCUCCCGUCCUUUCGCGCCCCUCCCGACCCACAGUUCUAACCAGCCUCCCGGCUCCAUCCCAGCCGCCUCCGCUGCGUGCCGCCUUCCGCGCGCUGACGUCACACUCCAGCGCCGGUAACGUGCUGGCCGCUCCCCCUUCGUCUGCGUUCGCUCUAGGGUUUUGGGACGGCCGCUUGCGGAGUCCUUACCCUGGCGUCUCGAGCUGUUGUCCCCAUAACUCGGACUCUAGAACCACUGUUGCGAGACAGGAACACGUGGCAGCCAGGUAGCUUCCCAGUCCCGAGUGCGGCCCGUCCCCACCCCGCGGUGGCCACUAGCAACGACCUCUGUGAAGUUGGAGAGGCGGUGACGGAGGCACUCCCCCUACUGUACCCCGCCGUUUCCAAGGGACUCGGAAACCAGUUUGUUUCGUCGGGGUGGUGUCGACCUGUCCUACGGGCGUGGCCCGAGGCAGGACAGAGUCAAACUCGUGGUGUCAGCUGAAGACGAGUGUCAGGUGUGGAGAGUCUCAGUGCCCCCUUUCAGUCUGGACUGUGGGCUGCUGCUGGUUAGACAGACUUGGUUUCUCUUUCAGGAUGUCAUUUUCAAAACGCGGGAUGGUACCUCUGCUGCAUUAAGCACCAUAGGAAGACUGCCACACCUAGACUGAUGCUUAUUAGUCAUCACCGUUAUUCCUACUAACGUCCUGUGUCACUGAGUUUUUAAAUGUCUAGCGUAUAAAGAUGCCUUAGAAAAAGAGUCAUGGAGAAGUAUGUGAGACUACAGAAGAUUGGAGAAGGUUCAUUUGGAAAAGCCAUUCUUGUUAAAUCUACAGAAGAUGGCCGACAGUAUGUUAUCAAGGAAAUUAACAUCUCAAGAAUGUCCAGUAAAGAAAGAGAAGAAUCAAGGAGAGAAGUUGCAGUAUUGGCAAAUAUGAAGCAUCCAAAUAUUGUCCAAUAUAGAGAAUCAUUUGAAGAAAAUGGCUCUCUCUACAUAGUGAUGGAUUACUGUGAGGGAGGGGAUCUGUUUAAGCGAAUAAAUGCUCAGAAAGGUGUUUUAUUUCAAGAGGAUCAGAUUUUGGACUGGUUUGUACAGAUAUGUUUAGCCCUGAAACAUGUACAUGAUAGAAAAAUUCUUCAUCGAGACAUAAAAUCACAGAACAUAUUUUUAACUAAAGAUGGAACUGUACAACUUGGAGAUUUUGGAAUUGCUAGAGUUCUUAAUAGUACUGUAGAGCUGGCUCGAACUUGCAUAGGGACCCCAUACUACUUGUCACCUGAAAUCUGUGAAAACAAACCUUACAACAAUAAAAGUGACAUUUGGGCUCUGGGGUGUGUCCUUUAUGAGCUGUGUACACUUAAACAUGCUUUUGAAGCUGGCAGUAUGAAAAACCUGGUUCUGAAGAUAAUAUCUGGAUCUUUUCCACCUGUGUCUUUGCAUUAUUCCUAUGAUCUCCGCAGUUUGGUGUCUCAGUUAUUUAAAAGAAAUCCUAGGGGGAGACCGUCAGUCAACUCCAUAUUGGAGAAAGGUUUUAUAGCCAAACGCAUUGAAAAGUUUCUCUCACCUCAGCUUAUUGCAGAAGAAUUCUGUCUGAAAACAUUUUCAAAGUUUGGGUCACAGCCUGUACCAGCUAAAAGACCAGCUUCAGGACAAAACUCCAUUUCUGUUAUGCCUGCUCAGAAAAUUACAAAGCCUGCUGCUAAAUAUGGAAUACCUUUAACAUACAAGAAAUAUGGAGAUAAAAAAUUACACGAAAAGAAACCACUGCAAAAACAUAAACAGGCCCAUCAAACUCCAGAGAAGAGAGUGAAUACUGGAGAAGAAAGGAGGAAAAUGUCUGAGGAAGCAGCAAGAAAGAGAAGGCUGGAUUGUGUUGAAAAAGAAAAGAAACAAAAAGAUCAGAUUAUUAGUUUAAUGAAGGCUGAACAAAUGAAAAGGCAAGAAAAGGAAAAGUUGGAGAGAAUAAAUAGGGCCAGGGAACAAGGAUGGAGAAAUGUACUAAGUGCUGGUGGAAGUGGUGAAGUCAAGGUUCCUUUUUUUGGCAGUGGAGGGACUAUAGCUCCAUCAACCUUUUCUUCUCGAGGACAGUAUGAACAUUACCAUGCCAUUUUUGAUCAAAUGCAGCAACAAAGAGCAGAAGAUAAUGAAGCUAAAUGGAAAAGAGAAAUAUAUGGUCGAGCUCUUCCCGAAAGAGGAAUUCUGCCUGGAGUUCGUCCAGGAUUUCCUUAUGGGGCUGCAGGUCAUCACCAUUUCCCUGAUGCUGAUGAUAUUAGAAAAACUUUGAAAAGAUUGAAGGCGGUGUCUAAACAAGCCAAUGCAAACAGGCAAAAAGGGCAGCUAGCUGCAGAAAGAGCUAAACAAGUAGAAGAGUUCCUGCAGCGGAAACGAGAAGCUCUGCAGAAUAAAGCUCGAGCCGAAGGACAUAUGGGAAUCCUGCAAAACCUGGCAGCUAUAUAUGGAGGCAGGCCCAGCUCUUCAAGAGGAGGGAAGCCAAGAAACAAAGAGGAAGAGGUUUAUCUGGCACGACUGAGGCAAAUAAGACUACAGAAUUUCAAUGAGCGCCAGCAGAUUAAAGCCAAACUUCGUGGUGAAAAGAAAGAAGCCAAUCGUGAAGGACAAGAAGGAAGUGAAGAGGCUGUCAUGAGGCGCAAAAAAAUCGAAUCGCUGAAGGCCUACACAAAUGCACGUGCUGCUGUACUAAAAGAACAACUAGAGCGAAAGAGAAAGGAAGCUUAUGAGAGAGAAAAGAAAGUGUGGGAAGAGCAUUUGGUGGCUAAAGGAGUAAAGGAUUCUGAUGUUUCUCCACCUUUGGGACAACAUGAAACAGGUGGCUCUCCAUCAAAGCAACAGAUGAGAUCUGUUAUUUCUGUGACUUCAGCUUUGAAAGAAGUUGGCGUGGACAGUAGUUUAACUGAUACCCAGGAAACUUCAGAAGAAAUGCAAAAGACCAACAAUGCUAUUUCAAAUAAGCGAGAAAUACUUCGUAGAUUAAAUGAAAAUCUUAAAGCUCAAGAAGAUGAAAGAGGAAAACAGCAUCCCUCUGAUACUGUUGAGAUAAUUGUUCAUGAAGAUGCCAAAGAGCAUGAAAAAGAAAAAUCAGUUUUUUGUGAUCGCAAGAAGUGGGAGCCUGGAGGUCAACUUGUGAUGCCUCUGGAUGAGUUAACACUUGAUACAUCUUUCUCUGCAACUGAAAGAAACACCCUGGGAGAAGUUAUUAAAUUAGAUCCUAGUGGAUCUCCAAGAAGAGCCUGGGGGAGAAGUCCGACAGAUUCUGUUCUAAAGAUACUUGGAGAAGCUGAACUACAACUUCAGACAGAACUUUUGGAAACCACAACUAUUAGAAGUGAACCUGAUGAUUUGGAAACAGAAAUUCUACAAGAGCCAAUUGGAACAAACAAAGAUGAGAGCUUGCCAUGCACCAUUACUGAUGUGUGGAUUAGCAAGGAAAAUGAAACAAAGGAAACUCAGUUGGAAGAUAGGAUCACCAUUCAGCAAAAUGAAGUUUCUGAAGAUGGAGUCUCGAAUACUGUGGACCAACUUAGUCACAUUCAUAUGGAAACUGGAACCAGUGAUUCCCAGCACUCUAAAUGUGAUGUAGAUAAGUCUGUGCAACCAGAACCGUUUUUCCAUAAGGUGGUUCAUUCUGAACACUUGAACUUAGUCUCUCAAGUUCAAUUAGUUCAGCGUUCACCAGAAGAGUUCUUUUCAUUUCGAUCUCACUCGCAUUUACCACCAAAAAAUACAAACAAGAACUCCUUGCUGAUUGGACUUUCAACUGGUCUGUUUGAUGCAAACAACCCAAAGAUGUUAAGGACAUGUUCACUUCCAGAUCUCUCAAAGCUGUUCAGAACCCUGAUGGACGUUCCCAUCAUAGGCGAUGUUCGUCAAGACAAUCUUGAAAUAGAUGAAAUUGAAGAUGAGCAUAUUAAAGAAGGACCUUCUGAUUCUGAAGACAUUGUGUUUGAAGAAACUGACACAGAUUUACAAGAGCUGCAGGCAUCGAUGGAACAGUUACUUAGGGAACAGCCUGGUGAAGAAUACAGUGAAGAAGAAGAGUCAGUCUUAAAGAACAGUGAUGUGGAGCCAACUGCAAAUGGGACAGAUGUGGCAGAUGAAGAUGACAACCCCAGCAGUGAAAGUGCCCUGAACGAAGAAUGGCACUCAGAUAACAGUGAUGGUGAAACUACUAGUGAAUGUGAAUACGAUAGUGUCUUUAACCAUUUAGAGGAACUGAGACUUCAUCUGGAGCAGGAAAUAGGCUUUGAAAAAUUCUUUGAGGUUUAUGAGAAAAUAAAGGCUGUUCAUGAAGAUGAAGAUGAAAAUAUUGAAAUUUGUUCAAAAAUAGUUCAAAAUAUUUUGGGAAAUGAACAUCAGCAUCUUUAUGCCAAGAUUCUUCAUUUAGUCAUGGCAGAUGGAGCCUACCAAGAAGAUAAUGAUGAAUAAUCCUCAAAAUGUUUUUUAAUCCUCAACUAUAUGAAAGCAUUUGAAUUUGGCUCAUCAGAAUAACAAGCCUCAGUGGGAAAUGCAGCAAUUAUUUGUUUUAAAAAUCAGAUUUAAGAUGGGCAUGCUUACUGCAUGAAAAAGAUGGAGGAACAUGCCAUUUUUCAAUGAAGAUUCUAACAUUUUUUUAUCUAUUUUAUUUUGUUCAUUGAAUUAUAUGGUUAAAUCCUGUAAAAUAUAUGCUUUAUUAAAUCAUUCAACCAAAGCAUAGGAAAUGUUGACCCAAAAACUGACUUAAUGGUUUUGAAGAUUUACUAUGCAACAGGGUAACUUUGACUUGCAGCAAAUGUCUUUAGGUUGAAGGAAUUCCCUACGUUAUGAAAGACCUGCCUGUGGGUUUUCAAUGAAGUCUUUAAGCAUGACAUUUUUUCUGUCUAAUACUUGUUUUCAUUUUGCCCAGCAGUUCUACAUUAAAUAACCUCAUCAAGGGCUCUAUUUAAAUGUAUACAUUUUGAAGAUGACAUUUUUAGCCUUAAAGUUUAUAUUCUCAAGUCCUUUUACAACCAGUGUGUCUCCUGAACUAGCACAUAGGCUGUAAAAACAGUCUUAGAAAUCACUGAAAGAUUUGAUUAUGAAAGAAUAGCAAAAUUAUAUUUCCUGAUAUGUAAAAAGUUGGUUUAAUGUCUUUAUUUCUCUCUAAGGCCCGGAACCAGGAAUACUAUAUCUAAAAAUUAGUCUGCGGAUUAACGUUGACCUAGCAUAGAGCUUGAACUUGCUCUUUUAGUUUUUAACUUCCUCUCAUACAUAUGCUUCAGGGACAACAUGAUGUUAAAAAGGAGGAAGGAAUUAUUUCUAUUUUGACACUGACAGUUUUGGCAACUAGGAUCCUAGGGAGGGAAAUGUUUGUCUCUUGAACUUCUUUCCAUUGUGAGAGGAUUUAGUUAGGUCAUUAGGAUGAUGGUCACACAGCUUCAGUUGCAAUAUGCCAAGUAUAACAUGGUUUUGUUAGAGGUGUCUACAAUCCAGAUGUUUUUCAUAAUGAAAGCAAAAUUUUGAACCUCUGAGUACAAAGCAGGCUGGUUGGCAUGAUAUGUAAUUUGGAAAAUAAAGUCUUAUCUUGCAGCACCAAUCAGUAUGUUAAAUUUAUUAUGUAUAUUACUUCUAAUGUCUGAAACUAGAUACUUGAUUUUUUAUGUGUGUUUAUUUUAUGAUAUUGCUAUUAAAUUUUUAUUAUUUACCUGAA